AUGGACGUUGAGUCUAUAGAGAAGAAAUAUCCAUUACAUUGGCUGGUUUGGAACAAUUCCUACGAAGAGCUGCAAGAAAAAUUGAAAAAUGAAGCGAUCGACCUGGAACAAUUGGAUCCUCGUGGCAGAACUCCACUAAUGUUAGCGGUACGAUUAUCUCAUUCACAAUCUGUGAAAGCUCUACUAGCGGCCAAAUGCAACGCAAAUGCUGAAUGUGACGGAUGGUCAGUGGUGCAAGAGGCUGUCUCCUCUGGUGAUCCAGAAAUUCUCACAGCAAUUCUAGAAGUUCGCGACCUGCAACGUCAUAUUCAACGUGUGACCCAUGUGCCACAGUUGUUACAGAAGUUGAUCGAGGCUCCGGAUUUCUACAUUGAAAUGAAGUGGGAAUUUACGUCCUGGGUACCGCUGGUGUCAAGGUUUUGUCCGAGUGACGUGUACAAGGUGUAUAAGCGAGGAUCCAAUGUGAGAAUUGACACGACAUUGUUAGGUUUCGAUUACACGACCUGGCAACGCGGCAAUCGCAGUUAUAUCUUCAAAGGACAAUGUACGUGCAACGCUGAUUCAGCAACAAUGAUCGAAGUAAAUCAUGACGCGCAUGAGGUGUCUAUAGAACAAUUGAAGGGUAUUGAAGGUGAAAUAACUGGCAUACCUCCCACCCGCGAAUCAGUAUCAGCCCGACUGAAUGCUCCGGUAACAUCAAAUCACAUUGACAUGGAGAAAAUAAGUUUCGAGCGAAAUAAGUCCGGAAUUUGGGGCUGGCGAAGUGAAAAAUCCGAGGACGUAAACGGUUACGAGUGCAAAGUGUAUGCGGCUAGCAACGUAGAAUUUAUUACACGAACGCGAACGGAGCAUUUAAGUGAAUCGCAGGCCCGACUUCGUCAUUCCCGUACUCCACUUCAAAAUUUCCUUGGAAUUGCUGAAGAAGAAUGUGCGUCACACGAUGCGUCUCCAUCGGAACCGGAACCACUGCUCAGCGUUGAAAAUUAUGUCGCUGGCAAGCCAGUCACGGCAGACGAAUAUUUUUCGGAUAUUGAUUUGUGCGGUCGUGAUAUUGGCAGACCACGGAAGAUGAGUGAAAAGAUUCAACGGUUUAAGGCCACACUGUGGCUAAGCGAGGAAUUUCCAAUAAAGUUGCAAGAACAAGUACUUCCCAUAUUAGAUUUGAUGUCGACGAUGGCAAGUCCGCAUGUGUCCAAGCUAAAAGAUUUCAUUACCAUGCAACUACCAUCCGGCUUUCCGAUCAAAGUGGAGAUUCCGCUGUUCAAUUUCUUGAAUGCAUGCGUCACAUUCGGCAAUGUAUUCGCACUGGAGACACCCGUCGAACAUGUGACGAAUAUACAAGAAAAGGAUCGGCUUAGUUGCGUGAUCGACGAUCGAUGUUUCGACAUCCCAACCAAUUAUGUAAACAAGGGCGGGGAUUAUCGACGCCAAUUGACGUUCGAAGAUGAGGAUGAUCUGCUUCAGUAUGCCAUCCAACAGUCGUUGAUCGAAACGGGUAGCGAAAGCGAACAAGUGGAUAUUUGGGAGGCAUUGAAAGCUCGUCGUCCGGUUACCCCGAAUAAUUUCGCCGAUGACGACGCUCAAAUGCAAAGAGUGCUUCAAGAAUCGCUGUACGAAUAUCUUCCAACAUCAAAUCAAACAACAACGACGCCAGUGGACGAUGAUCUUGCGCUGGCUUUACAACUGUCCGUACAACUGUCCGCUCAGGAACAAUCGCAACGUCAGCAGGAACUGUUGCGUGAGGAGGAAAUGUUCGAGCUGGCUCUUAAAUUAAGUUUAGAGGAGAAGUGA